GCGAAUGUUUUUCUGCGAGUAGUACUACUGGAACUAAAAAAAUAAAUCAACCAUGAUAUCUCAGUGCUUCCUGUUUCUUGUUUUCUUUGGCGUAUCACUUGCCCAUCUCGGAUAUAUUGUCGAUGACAAAUACCCAGUCUAUGAGCACUAUGCACCCAAACCCUACAAAUUCGGAUACAGCAUCAAAGACAAACACGGAGAGCAACACAGAGAAGAAUCCGGUACUGGAGGACAACACGUUGUCGGUAGCUACGGAUUCACCGAUGCCCGAGGAAUCAAAAGACAAGUGAACUACGUCGCUGACAAAGCCGGAUUCAGAGCCAAGGUCCAGACCAACGAACCAGGCACCGCCAACCAGAACCCAGCCGCAGUACUCAUCGCCUCCGAUGCUCCAUAUGUUGGUGGUGAAGGAUACCUGGGUGUACCAGCAGCAACUGCAGGAUACGGUCUUGGAUACGGAUAUGGAGGCGUUGGCGCAGGAUACGGAAGUCUUGGAUAUGGUGGAGCUUAUGGUGGAUAUGGAGGACCUUAUGUGGGAUAUGAAGGACUCGGCUUAGGAGGUUUGGGAUACGCAAGAUACGGAUAUUAAUGAUUAAAUAUUUAAAAUUGUUUUUCUUCUAUUUGUUGUUGUUGUUAAAACAAAAUAAAUACAACUCAUUUAAUAAGAUAUUUUAAAUUUACUGCUUGAAUUUUAAAUUUCACCUUUCAUACGAUUCUAUCAACGUUAAAUGAAAAAUCAUAGUUGGAUUAGAGUAUAAAAUAGGAUGUUUCUUUGCAUUGCAUCCUGUAACAUGGAGCUUUUAAUGUAUAUGAAAUCCUCCAUUUUUCAAAUUUUUAUAUCUAUUAAUAGAAAAUUUCAUUUCUAAAUCCGUUUCCCUAUUUUCUGCAAGAAAAUAAAAAAUUU